AUGAUCGACGUCGAAGGUAAGAGGCCACUUACCUCCCAGAACAUCAAGGACGAGGACGGUAAGGUCCUUCGGGACCCCACGCUUACCCGCCAGCGGUGGGCGCGGUGGUUCCACAAGCUCCUUAACACCAAGUCGCCGACCAUCGACCUGCAUGCGACCGACAGAGUCAAGCAGUGGCCCACGUGCGUUCCGCUCGACGACAUCCCGUCUCUAUUCGAGGUUGAGGAGGCGGUGCGGGGAAUGGCCAACAGGAAGGCCGUCGGGCCGGACGACCUACCGGCUGAGCUGAUCAAGCUGUUCCUGGAUGGAGACCGAGGCUUCCUCCGCGAAUUCCACGCCAUCGUCGUGGACGUGUGGCAGACGGGGAACGUACCGCAGCAGUGGAAGGACGCCACCAUCAAGGUUCUGUUCAAGAAGGGGGACACGAUGGAGUGCGGCAACUACCGGGGCAUCUCUCUCGUUGCACACGCCGGCAAGGUGCUGCUUAAGGUCGUUGCAACACGCCUAAGCCACUACUGCGAGCGAGAGGGCAUCCUCCCGGAGGAGCAGAGCGGUUUCCGCCCACACCGGUCGACGCUCGACAUGCUGUUCGCGAUCCAGCGGCUCCAUGAGCUCGCGAGGAAGAAGAGUACUGCGGUCUUCGCGUGCUUCGUCGAUCUCACCAAGGCGUACGAUUCGGUGGACCGAGAUCUGCUGUGGGACGUGCUCGGACGCUUUGGCGUGCCCCCGAAGAUGCUGGCGGUCAUUCGCCACUUCCACGAGGGCAUGAGGGCGCGGGUUCGAACGGACGACGGGCAGUACUCGGAAUGGUUUGACGUCGGCCAAGGUCUCCGACAGGGGUGCAACCUGGCCCCGCUGCUGUUCAACUUGUUCUCUGCCGCGAUGCGCAUGGUCGCAGUGACCGAGUUCGACAAGGACCCCAAGGUGACGGCGGAUAUGAUCAAGAUCGCAACACGAGUGGAGUGCACGGGCAAGAGGGGCAGGUCGGCGGGGAAGAAGGCGAUGAUGGUGACGGUCGCAGAGGCCCUGUGGGACAUGCUCUACGCUGACGACGCGGCCAUCGUCUCGCUCACGCCGGAGAGCCUCGAAAAGAUGAUGUCCAUCAUCGUGCGCGUGGCCGGCCUGUUCGGACUGAUGGUAUCGGAGCCAAAGACGGAGAUCAUGUGCAUGCUACCGAAAGGGCUGGGGGAACGCCCGUUCGCGGUCAGCGCCGCUGGCCAGACGUACAAGCAGACAGAUCGGUUUGUGUACCUCGGACGUACCAUCUGCGCGGAUGGGAAGGUCGACCGGGAGAUCACGAGCCGCAUCUGCCGAGCAUGGAAGUGCUACCGCCGGAACAGCACUUCGAUGUACGACAGGAAACGGGCCAACCGCCAGCUCAAGAUCCGACUACUCCAGGCUGAAGUGGUGCAGACCCUCCUAUACGGGUGCGCCUCGUGGAGCCUGGCAGCGGAGCACUACACCAAGCUGAAUGGGACCCACCGCCAGUUCCUGACACGGUGUAUCGGCUGGAGCAAGCGGAAGCGCUCAGACCGACCCCUGUCCUACGCCCAGGCCCUCAUCCAGGCCGGCUGCGAGGAAACCAUCGAGGCCACCGUGCGCAAACGGAGGCUGUGUUUUGCGGGCUUCGUUAUGCGCAUGGAGGACAACCGCCUCCCCAAGCGCAUGCUGCUGGGAGCGAUGGCGGGGGGUACCGGAUACCGGGGCGGGCAGGAGAGCGACUGGGUGUAUCGCCUAGGAGAGGACCUCGUGGCGUUUGGCAUGAAAGAGGAGAAGGAGGGGGGGAGAUGGAAAGAGAGCGCCAAGGACCAGGAGGCGUGGUACGACAAGAUCGAGGACGGGGCGGCAUGGUUCAUGAGGAAAUGGCACAGACAGGAGGCGGAAGCAUCCGCGAAGCGCCAGCGCCAGCGCGCGGAGGAAGCAGAGACGGAGAGUACGGCCGCCCCGGGCCCGAAGAGAAAGAGAAUCGGGGAAGCGGCGGGGGGGGGGAAGAAACAGCGACCGGACACUGCUGUAGAAGCGAGUAGGGCGGCCAAGGCCGCGCUUGCGGCGAACGACGUACCCAACUGAUGAUGUUGUCGCACCCUGUGUUCCCUUUUCCCUGCCGUAAGCUGUAUGCUCUUAGUAUUGCCUCCGGCCUCUCUUUGUGCUUUUCUUCUUUCUUUCUUUCUUGUUCUCCAUGCCCUCUCUACGAUGAUCUUGGACGAUACCUCGAGCUCCUUUUUUUUUUUGUUUUUUCCUUUGCUGGCUGCCUGCCACCUCUGCUGCCUCUUUGGUGCGGUGCCUACCCUACACUAAUGCGCUGGUGCAUACUGCACUGCUGUAGUACCUGGUACUGGUGUACGUUGUCCUUCGUUUUUUUUUUUUUUAUGGGAAUAUAUAUGUGUUUGUUUUUCGCCCCCCGUCUUGCUGCACCCCCUGGGGUGUGGUGCAGGGCGGGGGAUGCCUGGUCGGCGGGAACCCGGCACGGAACCCUCCGGCGUUGUAGGCGGGUGUGGGAAGCGUUCCCCGUUCUCCUUUUAUUUUAUUUUGAUCGGUCUCCUCGACGCUCUUUCUCGUUUGGUGCGGUAGCUGGUCUUUCUUUCUAUCAUUUUGUUUCUCUUCCGAGUGGUUUUUGUACCCUAUUUUUUUCUGUUUCUUCGUGGGGUCGUGUAUGCCGGGUUUUGAGACCAC